GUGCGAUUGCCAGUUUUUAGUCGGGGGCUAGAACGCUACAAGUAAGCUACGCACUUUCUGUUGGCUCAGCCUAACUGUAAAUCUUACAUCUAUAGAUCAGUUAGUUUUGAUACAAAAUGGCUUGGAAACCGUCGACACGCUUCGAGGACGAUCUUCUCGAUUCACAGCCGGGUUGUAAUUUUGUGCUGGGGCAGAUGGCCUAUGAGAUGAAGCGCGAGGCGGAGUACAAUCCACGUCCCAGCGCCACGUACGACUUCUUGGCGGAUCGCAACAAGUGCAACGCCGUUAUUGAUAAGCUGCCCGGCCCGGCGAGCUCCAAGACCAAGGCCAUCCAGGACUGCCUGGCCAUGAUGGAGCGUAUCCAACAGAUCGCCGGCACCAAGCCGUUGGGAGAGCACGCCACCAUGGAAGACUGGAACGACACGAGCACCGUGGAACGGGAGGCCAUUGCCAUGAUGCGCCACUUUAACCUGAUGUCCAUGGGUGUGGAAUCGAUGAAACCGCUUCCGCUUAAGGAAAAGAACGAGCCCAAGGGUUCAAUUCAAGUGCUUUGCAACGGCCAUCGUAGGAUGCCCCUGAUCACGGAUCCCGAAUAUUUUCGGCCCCGCAAGACACGCCUAGCCAAGAACACUACCACCAGCAGUCUCUCGACCACUGAAACAAGCAUCAACGAUUCUGGCUCUUACCACACCGCCAACGACAGCAGCUUCUACGGAUCCGCUGUAUCGGAGCUGGAAACAACGAUAAGCAGUAAUGAUAAUUGCGGUGUACCAUACAAGCUGGAUAACACGACACUAGAACCGAAAAAGAUCCCAGCGACAAUACCUAAGAAGCCUCUAGCAGCGGAGGCCAAUAAGGGCCGUACGGGACAGAUAUCCCAGCGGCGUCUGAACCAGAGUCAACGUCGUCUCCUGGGUCGGACCGAGAAACCCCAAAUAGAAUUGAACUGAACUGAAACCCACUUCCAAAAAAGUCAAAAGCGUGGAUUAUAGACUCUCAAAGGUUUAACCAAAUAUAUAUCCCUAUUUUGGUCA